AUGGUCCACGAAUCCAAGAGAAAUAAAGUGGAGGCAUAUAAGGAGUCAUACGGUUAUACAACUGUACGUCCGGGCGCUCACAUGUUUUCGUGGCUUUUCUCACCCAAUACUGGCAAUAAUUCCAAUGCACUUCCGCUCGUUAUAUGGCUUCAGGGAGGUCCGGGUGCGAGUUCUGCCGGUUAUGGAAACUUCAAUGAAAUCGGUCCGUUAGACGCAGAUCUCAAAGUGAGAAACACUUCAUGGAUUAAAUACGCAAAUCUGCUAUUCAUUGACAAUCCCGUGGGUUCGGGAUAUAGUUAUGUCGACAACGCAAGUCUAUACACAAAGACUAACGAUGAGAUCGCCAAAGAUUUAGUAACUUUUAUGAAAGAAUUCUACAAAAAGUCGCCAGAAUUUGAGUCAACGCCAUUGUAUAUCUUCUGCGAGUCAUACGGCGGUAAAAUGACCCCAACUUUUGCCAAAGAGCUGCAUCGGGCCAUUCAAAACAAAGAGAUCAAGGCCAAUUUCAAGGGCAUUGCUUUGGGCGACGGAUGGGUCUCACCCAUAGACUCGGUGGGCACGUGGGCACAGUAUCUCUACACUUUGUCAUACAUCGAUAGAAACCAAAGAAAUCAAAUCGAGGCCAAAGUUGAAGAGAUCAGAACCUCUCUUAAGAAUGCCAAAUACAUUGAGGCAACCACUCAGUGGUCACAAUUGACCCCUUUUAUCAGAUCCCUCGACGGCGAUAUCGACUGGUAUAAUGUAAUCUUCGGAUCAAAUUUUCAAUCGAGUUCAAGAUAUCUGAAUCAAAUUAACUCACUUAAUAACAUACCACACAAAAAUAGUAUUGUUAGACAUUUGGCCAAAUAUCAUAACAAUAAUUUGGACGCAUUAAUGAACGGUCCCCUUAAGACCAAACUUAAAAUCCCAGAGAGUGUCAAAUGGAGUCAAUUGUCGGCCAAUGUUUUUGCCAACUUAUGGGGAGAAUUCAUGCGCGAUAUUGUCAGUGAUGUGGACUACCUGUUGGCCAACACAGACCUCAAAGUGGUUGUAUAUACGGGUCAAUUGGAUUUAGUGGUGGACACAUUGGGAACACUCAAUUGGGUUCAUUCGCUCAAAUGGCCAGAACUGAAGAACUGGGAAACAGCAAAGAGGGAACAAAUGAGCGGCGGUUACGUUAAGACAUACAAAAAUUUCACGUUGUAUUGGAUUCUUAAGGCCGGACAUAUGGUUCCCGCAGACGCCGGCGACACUGGCCUCGAAAUGCUUCGCAAAAUUAUUCAGUCAUAGAUAGUUAACUGAAUUAAAUAUCCAUAAACUGCUUUAUUGUAAUUGAUCACAUUUAAUUGUUAUACAUUAUUAUAAUUAUAUU